GAUUCCUUUCUCCUAAUUUUGAAGCCACAAUCCAGAUCUCUGGAAAUAGCCCCACUGCUGCAAUCAGAAGUAAUAGUUUCACACGUCGGGAUGUUUCCCUUGGCCCGAUACACACUAAACCGUCUCAAGACUCAAAGCAUUCGACAAGUUGUGGCAAGACAGGGCCACCAAAAGCCCUCAUCGGAUUUUCAUGACAAAUAUGGCAAUAUGAUGCUAAUUAGUGGAUUCACUUUCUGUUUUCUUGGAUAUGUGAUUUAUAUCACACAGAUGGGGGUAGAAUGGAACCUGUCUCCUGUUGGCAGAGUUACCCCAAAAGAGUGGAAGGAUAAGUAAUUGUCUCAGAUACCAUAAUGCAGAAUUGUCCCAAAACAAACUUGUCAUGGAAAUGUUCUGUUAAUUUAAUAUAGCAUAACAAAAGAAAUAAAAUUCAUUUAAAAGUACUAACAAGUCAUAAAAAACUAUCAUUUAGUUACUGGAAGUAAUUCACUAGCAGUGGAUAUAGAUACUGGGGAGUGUGGAUACCAUAUAUUUGAAAAGUAAAAUUUUAGAAGCACAAGUUCUUCUGAUUUACUGACUUAUUCUAGGUACCUGUCUUCAGUAGGCAUUCAUAAAUACAUACCUUAGAAAUUAAUUUAGUUGAAUCCAGAUAAUAUUCUUUUGUCAGAAGCUGGCCAGUUUCACCUGUCCUUCCUCAUUCCCACCCUGGUCUGUACCACCAUACUUUCACUGGCAUUAAUAUCAAAACUUUCUCGUUAGUCUCCUUGCUUUUCAGCUCAUCACCCUGACCCCUCCCUCACCAUGAUGCAUUUUUCAGUUCAGCACGCAGGAUCAUCUUAAAACUGUCAGGAUGUCACUCUCAUCUUGUAAAGCCAGGAACUCAUUUGUCUCUGAAGUCCAAGCUCUUAUGUAGGAAAAGUGGCUGUGGAUGCUGCCCUGGCAUUUUACGACCUGCAUCUAGAUGCUUUUGUUUCUUUCUUGUGCAUGGGAUGCACUUUCGAUGCUGUAUGAAUCACUUCCUCAUAACUUCAUGGUUUUGCCCCCAUGUGUAGCACGAAUCUUAAAAGGUCUUAUUAAUAGAAACAAACCUGGAGCCAGGUAUUGGGGUGAAUGCUGGAAGAUCAGAGAAGCAGAACAAGCCACAGCCACCUCACCUUGCCAGUUCCUCAGCUGAUCCUGUUUCCACAGACUGGAUGCCUCUUGAGUCCUCAUCCAGAAUGAAUCUCAGCUGAACUGUUCGUUGCUCAAAAGCCUAAAAGCUUAACCAGGCUCUAGUUCCUGGUCCUCACGCCUUAUCUACCUUUCUGCUUUCUGCCAUCACUUCCUGGGAUUAAAGGCGUGAGUCAUCAUGCCUGGCUGUUUCCAGUGUGGCUUUGAACUCUCAGAGAUCUGGAUGGAUCUCUGCCUUUGCAAUGCUAGAAUUAAAGACGUGAGUGCCACCGUUUUCUGGCCUCUAUCUAGUGGCUGUUCUGUUCUCUGACCCCUGAUAAGUUUAUUAGGGUGCAUAAUAUAUUGGGGAGCACAGUAUCACCACACAUAUGUCAUGUUUUCAGAGUGGAUCUGUUAAAUACUGCUACCUCACCACGUG